CGCCUCCCGUUGGCCGCAUGCGGUGGUUGCCGGGCUCCCAUUGGCUCCCAUUGGCGGACGGAGCCCGUCCCGCCCGCGCUGUCUGCCGAGCGCGGGAGCGGCGUGUCGGCCCCGCGGGCGGGGAAGGGAAGGAGGCGGGGCGGUGCCGUGCUGUGCCGGCUGUGUGCUGCUCUGCGAGCCGCUCUGUCCGUGCCGCCUCACGGCUUCCCGCUCGCACCGACCCGCCAUGCACGGCUCCGCUUCGCCCUGCCCGGACAUGGGAGAUGCGGCCGCGGUUGACAUCGUGGAUAUCUACGAAUCCAUCCGGGAGCGGCAGCGCCACGACAGCGAGCGCUCGAGCUGCAGCACCUUGGAGCAGAAUGACAUCGAAGCCGUUGAGGCACUUGUUUGUAUGAGCUCCUGGGGGCAAAGACUGCAGAAAGGUGACAUAUUAAAGAUAAGGCCCCUCACACCCUUCUCAGAUUCGGGAGAUUUCACAACGCACGCUGAGGCCACUUCGGAGUUACCAAAGGAUUAUUUGUCUACACUGUGCAUGACCCCUCCGCACAGCCCCGACUUUGUGGACAUGUCUGCCGCCGUGCUGCUCCCUUCACAGGUCACUUACUCCAAGCCCAGGACCGUCAUGGCAAACACGGCCGCCUGCUCAGUCACAUCCACCACCAACACGACUCCCGCAGCCAAGCCGUCUGUUCUGAGCGUGGACAGGCAGUGUGAGCAGAGGGCGGCCCUCGUGGAAGCCUCUGCCCCUCAGCCUUGCCGGGCCAUGGUGACCAGCGUCAUACGGCACACGGCUGACAGCUCUGCUUACCACCACAGAGCAGAGAAGGCAAAGGCAGCUCCAGGCUGUGGGACUUCAGGGGAGCAGCGUGGAGCUGAGGACCGAAGCCAUUCCAGCCUGUCACAGGACACGUGUGCUGCCGAUGCUUUAAUUAACAAGGCCUCCCCAGUGCACCAGCCGUGUGCGGCUGACUGCAGUGAUGUGGUGCCCAGCAAGGCACAGCUUCCAGCCCGACCUGUUUCUCCACAGACCCACUUACCAAAGAGUUGCGAGGAUGACUUGCAAACAAGAGCUACCCCAGUGACACCGGUCCCUGUGUCGAGCCCCCAGGUCCUCUGUCAAAUGAUCCCUUUGAGCGGACAGAGCGGUGUGAUUAAUGCCUAUGUCAAACCUUCAGCUCCAACCAUCUCGGCUCCCAUGAAACCUAUUUUACCGCAGACAGCUCCGCUUUCUCAGCCCGUGCUCGUGGGAUCUUCUGUGCCUCAGGGGACCGUCAUGUUGGUUCUUCCACAGACUGCUGUCGCACCGACGCCGCAGUGCCCGCAAACAGUAAUGACUGUUGGGAACACCAAGCUCCUGCCCCUCGCUCCUGCCCCCGUGUUCAUCGCUUCUGGUCAAAGCUGCGCCCCCCAGAUGGACUUUUCGAGACGGAGGAAUUACGUUUGCAUCUUCCCCGGGUGCAAGAAAACCUAUUUCAAGAGCUCCCACCUCAAAGCCCACCUUCGUACCCACACUGGAGAAAAGCCCUUCAGCUGCAGCUGGGAAGGCUGUGACAAGAAGUUUGCCCGCUCGGACGAACUGUCGCGGCACCGCAGAACUCACACGGGAGAGAAGAAGUUUGCCUGUCCCGUGUGCGAGCGGCGCUUCAUGCGCAGCGACCACCUGACCAAGCACACGCGGCGCCACAUGGCCACCAAGAAGGUCCCCAGCUGGCAGACGGAGCUGGGCAAACUGAACAGAAUCGCCACGACCGAGAAACCGAAAGGCAGCGGCGCUCUGAGUAUGCUCAUCCCUGUGCCAUCCGUCUGCCAGGGCAGCGGGACAAAGCACCUCCUCUAAACUUACUAUGAGUCGCACAGAGCUCUGCUGGCUACAACAGGACUGACAGCACGGCCCUCUUCACCCCCUCAGCGUGUUUGUUUGUACAUACUUGGGUUCCCUUCAUUGUAGUUAAUAAUGCUAGGGGAGAAAUGGAUGCUGUGUCCUCAUCCUUUUGUUUGUGUGUUGGAUGUUUGGGCGGAUGCAAUCACCAGCACUUCAGGAAGGCAGGACUCUUUUGAAAUGAUUUUGGCAAUAGGUUUAAACAAGUCAAUAGGUUUAAACAAGUCAACGCGCAUUGCUUGCUGUUAAUAUUUGGAUGGACAGUGCAACAGGGUGAUUUUUAAUUUUUGAUACUAGUGUUUUCUAUACCAAAUAUAUUUUGUAUUUAUUCCUUUGGAUCUUUGUAUGCAGGCUGACUUGCCCUGCGUUAGUAGAGUUGUGCAGGAUGAAACCCGGGGCUUUGGGAGCUGCUUUCCUGUAAGCCCAACCAAAUGCAUUCGGUGCAUUGUGUGAGCGUGUAAUGCUCAGAAAUGCGGUGCUGGGGAUUUCACGCUUCUGGAUUCUGGUCCUGCAGUAGAUGGGUGCUGUUAGAUCCUCCUUGUGCAGCUGCCGUUGGAUGUUGGAUAGUUUGAGAUAACAGCGAGCUCAAAACCAACCCAACAAAACCACCCUAGAAUGACUUUCAGAAAUGAAGUGUUGGAAUCCUCAGCACUGCAUCAGUUCAUGCUUAUUGCAAGUGGAAGCUGUUGUGGCUACUAGGAAAGCUUGACACACUGCGUGUUCCUGGGUCCCCACUCUGCCCAAGCAAAGCACUGGGGAGCCAGGCUGCUCUGCUGGAUGUAGAAGCACAGAUGCUGUUCAGCAGCUUUGACACUAAAAACGACGCUUUACUUUCAGCCCCACAAAAUCAGAGUAUUAAAGUCUACUGAAAGGUAGCAAAAAUGGCAGGAUAAGGUGUGAGCAAUUAGCUGGGUCCGUGUUUGCAUUUUGUUUUAAAUACAGGAGAAAUAGAACAUGAGGUUUACGCAUUGUGGAUGCUGAUGCACCUCAUAGAAAAUUAUUCCAGGCUUUUGAUGACCCGCAUCAAAGCACCAGGACAAAUACUGGUCAUGUCUUAAGAAACAGCCACCUUUGUCAGCUCGAUGAUGCUCUUCACGUGGCCUUACACUUCACAGUACUUUGUAUCAAAUCACCCUUUUCUAUUAAACGAGAUGCUCUCCCUC